UUUACAGCUGCAGCAGAAGUUCUGGCGGAAUCCACGGAAUCAUUUGAAAUUACCGUACUGAAAUUUUUGUCAACAAAAGAAGACCGACGAAACGGAUUGAAGCGAUUCUUGGAACUUAAGCUGAACUCAUUAUCCCAACCAGAGGAUAAAAUACGACGUGAUGCUCUCGUUCUUUGGCUCCUCGAAGUUCAAUUGGCAGAAUUUGCGGAGCUAAGACGCACUGGAAAGCAAGCCUUUGGGGAGGAAUCUAGUUCAACUACCGAAGCAACACCGGCCGAGCAGCAAAUCAAAAAUAUGCGGCAGCAAAUCGAAUUAUUCCUUGCCCGGUCUAACGUUCUGGCAACAGUAGAAUCAAGUCAUUACACAACAGUUGUAAAUGUUCAUUUGUUGCAAUCGGAAUACGAAAGAGUGCUGGAAGUAAUUCAAAAACAGCAUCUGUUGGAACUGUACUACAAGCAUUCUCCGUUAUUGAUCGAGAAAAUCCCAACAGAACUGAUAGCAGCAUGGAUUGAAGAAGGUAAAGCGCUUGUUUCGGAUCGGCUUCUACCAGCACUGUAUCGAUGUCAGGAUGUAUCCAAUACGAAAAUGGUUACGGCUGCUUUGAAGUAUCUUAAUUUUGUGAUCAAUGAAAAUCUGGCAAGCCGAGCAAUGCAUAAUUUUAUGAUAUCGCUUUGUGCUGAGUUUAAACCCGAAGAACUGUUGGAGUAUUUUGAGAAAUAUGGCUAUAGCAAGAAUUCGGUACCUUAUGAUGUUGAUUUUGCUUUACGAGUAUGUAUUGAAAAACCAGGUAUUUUUUUGUACUAA